GCGCCCAAGCCGCCCAUUCCGGUGGCCGCCCCGCCGCCCAUCCCCGCCGCCUCUGGCCGAGAGCCGCCCGCCGCAGGCUGCUGGUUGGGGAGGGCGGGGGGGGGUCCCUGAGCCCGCCCCGUCGCCCUUUCAACCCCGCGACGUCGAGCAGCGGAAGCAGCCGCUGGAGGAGGCGGGCGCGCGGCGGCAGAUGGGCCGGCGAGGCUGCCGGCGGCUCCCCGCGUCCUCCGGCUUGCGGGGAGAUGGCCGCGGAGAGCGCCUCCCAGAUCCCAGUGGUGUUUGAGGACGUGGCCGUCUACUUCUCCCCAGAGGAGUGGGCCCAGCUGGCCGAGUGGCAGAAGGAGCUUUACCAGGAUGUCAUGGAGGACACCUUUGAGCUGGUGGCCUCCCUGGGGUCUGUGCCUCCCCCCAAACCGGCACUCCUAUGCAAGAUGGAGCAAGGGGAGGAGCCGUGCGUGGUGGAUCCCCCCCCCAGCAGCAGCAGCAGCAGAGCGGAGGAGAGAGAAGCCUGUGGGGGCCCCAGUCCUGCAGACUGGGGCGGGAGCGUCCAGCCGCAGGUGAUCAAGGAGGAGGCGGUGGCCCCUGGGUCCUGGAGCCCCACCGCCUUCCCCGAGGGGCGCGUCCCGGGGCCAGACUUCCGCUCCCUUGAAAGGUGCCCCAGCUGGUGUGAGGUGAAGCUGACGGACCUGAGGAGCGUCCUGCAGGGCCCCUCGUGGGCGGGCGGGGGCUCCUUGGAGCCCGGGACCGUGAGCUGCGAGGAGCUGCUGAUCUGCACCGAGUGCGGGGAGACCUUCGAGGAGAUCGAGGCCCUGAGCGGCCACCAGGCCCGUCUCCAUGCCGGGGAGCCGGGGAAAGGCCCCUUGGUCUGCCCGGCCUGCGGGAAGUGCUUCCGCUCCCGCCUCAACCUCCUGGCCCACAAGAAGCACCGCGGCAAGAGCCGGCACAGCUGCAGCCGGUGCCCCGCCGUCUGCUGCCUCAGGGGGGACCUGCUCCGCCACCGGGCGGCCCACACGGCCAAGGGGGGCCACCCUUGCGGGCUCUGUGGGCUGGUCUUCCAGCACAGGGGGCAGCUGCUGGCCCACAAGGGCGAGCACGGCGGGGGUCCGGCCCACCAGUGCCCCAUCUGCAGCGCGGCCUUGGGCAGCCCGGCGGAGCUGCGGGAGCACCGGGCGGCCCACCAGGAGGAGCGGCCCUUUGCCUGCCGCCAGUGCGGGGAGCGCUUCAGCUGGAAGGAGAGCCUCCAGGUCCACCAGGGGCUGCGGCACGCCCAGGAGCGGGGCUACUCCUGCCCCACCUGCCAGAGGAGCUUCAGCCGCCGGGGCAACCUCCUGGCCCACCAGCGGCUGCACACGGGCGAGCUGUCCUUCGCCUGCCCCGAGUGCGAGCGCAGCUUCCCCACCAAGGCCAGCCUCAUGGCUCACCGCCGGCUGCACCUCCGCGCCCGGCCCUCGGCCUGCCAGCACUGCGGCCGCGGCUUCCGCUCCCAGGAGAAGCUUCGCCAGCACCAGGCCUCCCACGGCGGCAGCGGAGAGCAGCAGCUCAAGCAGGAGGUCAAGCAGGAAGCCGGGGAGCAACAGCCGGCCAGGGCCCCCCUCCUGGCUUUCGCCCCCCUUGUCGACAGCCAGCCGCCCCCCUGCUUGGUGGAGGCCCUGCGGCGGGCGCAGCAGCAGCAGCAGCAGCACCGGGGCCAGGGCUUGGUGUGCCCCCCCCCCCGCCUCCAGCCCGCCGCCCUGGAGAGCCCGGCCAGAGAAAGCCCCCCCACCCCACCCCGCCACCAACAGCCAGCUGCCCUUGAGGGCCUGGGUCUGCCGGUCUCAGUGAAGCGGGCAACGCAGCCGCUCCUGGCCCAUUCCAAGGCCUGGCGUUUGGGUGCUGCUGCUGCAGAGAAGCUGCCCUCGUCCUUCGCCUCCUUGGGCCGUCCUCCUGCCGUGCUUCCGCCUGCAUUAUGUCCUGGCACACGAGAGAGCCUGCUGCCGCCGCUGCCGCCCCCCCAGUGGCCAGGGCCACCUCGGCUUGCCAUGCGUAGGGCUGCCGGGGCGCCAGAGAGGCCCCCGAGCUCUCGCCAGCUGGCCCUGCCUGGUUCCCCCCCAGCUGGGAGAGAGGAUAUUCUGAGCCCCGCCAGAGAGGAAAGCACCUUGUCAGGUGAGCGGGGUUCUGCCUCGCUGGGCAAGCGGCAGCCCUCUGGAUGCUUACGAGGGAGCAAGCGCCCCAGAGGCAGCGAGGGGUCUGCUUCUGCGCUGGGCCUCGCUGCAGACGCCCUGUCCGUGGGGCCUGGCUCCGGGGACCUGGCCUUGGCUGCAGGCGGCCGCUUUCCGUCCGGCUGGGCUGCCCCCGACCACCAGGUUGUGGUGAAAGUGGAGCCCGAGGAGGAGCUCUCCAUUGGCUGUCCAGAGGGCCCAGAGGGGGAGAGGGAGACGCCCCCUCGCCCCCCAGCAGGCGUGAAGCGGGAGGUGGUGAUUAAGACGGAGCCGGAGGAUGAUUCGUACGAGGAAGGGCCCUGGGAUUUCAGCGAUGGAGAAUCCAGCCGUGACACGGACUCCUCUGACAUCAGACCCGACGUUAUUGUGAAGAUGGAGCCGGAAGAUGACGAAGGCUUUGGCUGCCCCCCAGACCGAGUGGCAGCUCCCGGCAGCCUCUGGGCAGGAGGUGGCCCCGCUGAGCCAGAUGUGCGGAGGAGCACCACAGAGACUGACGGUGGCAAAACAGGCCCGGCAGGGUUGCAGAAGCGGGUGGGGGCUGCCCCCGCUCCGAGUCCCCCCAGGAGCAGUGCAGACCAGUGGCCACAGGCCAGCCAGGAGAGCAGCCCAGGCACCCAGAAAGCUCCAGCACCGAUGCUGGGAAGGAAGCUGCCUCCUCUGGGGCCGGCUGGGGCCUCUGGGGAGAAGGCGCCCCCAGCAGCCGGCGAGCCCACCAAGCGCCCCAAGAGCCAGCCGGCCGAGCGGCCUUUUGCCUGCAGCGUGUGUGGGAAGCGGUUCCAGCACCGGGGCAACCUGAUCACCCACCUGCGGGUGCACACGGGGGAGAAGCCCUUCCCCUGCACGGAGUGCGGCAAGAGCUUCAGCCAGAAGGGGGACCUGAUGCGCCACCUGCGCAUCCACACGGGGGAGAAGCCCUUCGAGUGCACGGUCUGCGGGAAGAGCUUCUGCUCCAAGCAGACCUUCAUCCUCCACCAGCGCAUCCACACGGGGGAGAAGCCCUACUCGUGCGAGGAGUGCGGCGAAGCCUUCAACCGCAAGGCCAACUUCAUCACCCACCAGAAGAUCCACCGGGGCGAGCGGCCCUUUGUCUGUGGCGAGUGCGGGAAGGGCUUCUGCGCCAAGAAGACCUUCAUCCUCCACCAGAAGAUCCACGUGGGCGACCGGCCCUUUGGCUGCUCGGAGUGCGGCAAGAGCUUCAGCCGGAACGGGGACCUCACCCGGCACCAGCGCAUCCACACCGGGGAGCGCCCCUUCGCCUGCUCCGACUGCGGGAAGUGCUUCAGCCACAAUGGGGAGCUGAUCAAGCACCAGCGUAUCCACACCGGGGAGAAGCCCUUCACCUGCCUGGAGUGCGGCAAGAGCUUCAACCGCAAGGGCACCCUCAUCACCCACCAGCGCAUCCACACCGGGGAGCGGCCCUUUGUCUGUGGCGAGUGCGGCAAGACCUUCAACCUGAAGACCACCCUGAUGAAGCACCAGCGCAUCCACACGGGCGAGCGCCCCUUCUCCUGCCUGGAGUGCGGCAAGAGCUUCAAGUACAAAGGGAACCUGCGGACGCACCACCUGACCCACACCGUGGAGCGGGUCUACCCCUGCACCGAGUGCGGGGCCAUCUUCAACCAGAGGAAGGAGCUGAAGGCCCACCAGGCGGCCCAUGCCGACGACCGCCUGCUGCCCUGCUACCGGGACGAUGACGACGGCGAGAACGUGAACCCCUUCCUCCAGAUGCACCCCCUCCUGCUGCCCUGCUCCCCCCUGCAGGUGCCCCUGGAAACCCUGAGCAAGCUGAAGCAGGAGGCCGGCUACCAGGAGCUGGACCUCGGCGGGGCUGGUCCUUAGCGUGGGGAGCCUCAGGGAGGCUCCUCUUCUCCCUGGCCCGCUGGGCCAGACGGACCUCCUGGGGAUGGGGAGCAGGCCGGCUGGGGGAAGACAGACACAGCGGCGCUUGCGCACACCAAGGACUCUGGCUGGUCUCGCAGCAGGAGAGACAUCUCCGCGACCCAGAUCUUGGCUCUGAAGCGCAAAUGUGUGGACUGUGGCCCUGUGCUUGGAGGAAGCCGCUGCUGCCGUUGGCCUGGCCCCAGUGGACUGCCGCGUUUCCCCUGGUGGUCUCGCUACUCUAACAAGCCGGAGCUGCUGUGUCUCCUUGUGGGGUAGUUUAGCACUUACCCAGUGGGGGAGCCAGAGCUGGAGGGGUCCUUGCGAAGGCCACUGGUUUUCAAGGGGGUGGGGGGGGAGGGAGAAAGGGUGACCCCACUUCGAGGCCAGAGGACGUUCGAACGAACUCAGGCAGCAGCCAAGGCGGGAUGAUUCAGCUGGGCAAAGCUUUAAAGCUGAAAAUGAGAUGUUAGUGCAUCAGAGGAGAGGAGAGAAAAGACCAGUGUAGGGACUGAGUGGCUGAAACGUCGAUCUGUAGGUGCAGCAGAAAACGAAAAGGAGGGUGUCCAGCCAAGCGGCCCAGUGACCGGAAAUGUAGUGCAGAUAUCGAUCCGAAACCAACUUCCCUCCUAGCACAACAUGGAAGGUGAACUGGCCGCCAAUAAACCUACAGUGACUCCGCAGCAAAGGAUGUGGUCUCUGAGUUCGGGCAAGAGGCAGAGGGGACCUGCUGCUGGCCCAGGGGGUGCCGCGUCGGGCAGAGGGGGAUCCCUGGCCACUGGACUUGGGUUGGUUCUGGGGAGGCUCCAGGUGUCGCCCCCUGAGAGCUGGGUGUCAACAAAGACCAGAACUGAGCGUCCAGGGGAGUUCAGGGCGCAGGGAGCCGGGGUGGCCCAGAGCCGAAUCCGCUUUCAGAAUCGGACUGGAAGGGCCAGCAGAGAAUCUCUCUCUCUGGCCCAGGGCUGUUCUGGUUUUGCAGUGUCUCCUCCGUGGCUGUUCAGUUGAGGCUUCCCUCGCUGUCCGCACGGACCUUAAAAGGUGGGGGGGGGGGGAGCGAGCUCUCUGGUGAAAGGCAAGCGCUUGUUUCUUCCCCAUGUCAGCGAUGGAGCUCUCUGGGUGGGCCCCGAGCAAAGCUGACCGGCUUGUCCCAAGCUUUGUGGCUUCUUUAUGAAGCAGAAGGCCCGCCUUCUUUUUCUGCCAGGUGGGUGAAUCUGCUCGCGAGCCCCUCUCCCUCCACCCAUGUGGCAGCGAGCUCCAAAGCGCCUCCCCGCCCUCCCACUGAGAGCCGGAAGAGGCGGGUGCCACCAGCCACCUCGGCUGCAUGCGCCUGGAGAAGCCCCAUCGCGGCCUCUGUGCGUGUGGCGGUGAUGGGCCAAGCAUUGGAUUCAGCAACAGCCUCUGCUUUCACUUUUAAGAAAGAUUUGGAGGUAGCGUAGCAGAGUGGUUAAUCCCUGGUUGGGGUCUUGCCUCUGCCACGGACUCCCUGGGUGCCCUCGGUCCCUCCCACCUCCGCAUCCAUCCUAGGGAGAGAAUCCUACCUUGCAGGGUUAUCUUGAGGAGGGCGAGGCAAUGCAAGGCACACGAAAAAGGUCUCUGAGUACUCAGCGGUUAUGCACCUGUGAAACCUGCUCAACAGGUGCAUUUCUAGCCACGCAGGCUUGAAGCGGGAGCAAAAGCCGGAGGCCAGCAGGAUUCCCAGGCGGGAGCAGCCAGCCGCCAUGGCCUCGCUCUGUGUCUUAGCAGACCUGAAUAAACGGAGCGGAUGUGUUUGCCCGUCACAGAUUGGGGUGUAUGUAGUCUUGCUCCCCGAGGAGCUGCCGGGGAGUACACCUGGCCUUGUGGCAGUGAGCAGGAGAUUGUCCCCUUUGCCAAGCAGGGUCUGCCUUGGUUUGCCCUUGAAUGGGAGACUGCGUGUGUGAGCCCUGGAAGAGGGUCCCCGCAGGGGAUAAGGGGGAAUUGCCCCUGCCUGCUUGCCUGCGGAAGGUUCCCAGUCCCCUCCCUGGGGGCAUCUCCAAGAUUGGGUUGGGAGAGACCUGGAGAAGCCGCUGCCAGUCUGUGAAGACAAUCCUGAGUGAGAUGGGCUGCUCUGGCUCGGUAUAAGGCAGCUUCCUAGGUUCCUAUGUAAGGCCCCCACCCAGGAACGGCUUCUGCUCAGGGGCAGAGCACAGGCAGAAGGCCUGUGGUAGAGAGCCAGCGUGGUGUAGCGGCUAGAGUGCUGGACUAGGACCGGGGAGACCCGAGUUCAAAUCCCCAUUCAGCCUUGUGGGACUUGCUGGGUAACUCUGGGCCAGUCACUUCUCUCUCAGCCAAACCUACUUCACAGGGUUGUUGUGAGGAGAAACUCAAGGAUGUAGUACACCGCUCUGGGCUCCCAUGACCGGGUGGGUGAGUGGGGGGGCAGGUGUCCAAGGGUGCUGUGACCCUGGCUGGCUUUGAAAUGGUGAAAGGCUUCUCGGGGGUGGGGGGGCUGCAGCCUGCCUGCCCUGAGAGCCCCCUGGAGGCAGCUGGCCCCGCUGGACCCCAACAAGGCUGCUCCCCUUCCUUGCCUCGCCUCGCAGGGGGGAUCCCAGGUGAGGCAGGGGGCCCCCUCCGAGGCCAGGGAGGAGAGGGCCGGAGGGGCUCCUGCAGCUAGCGGGGUGUGUGGGUGGGUGGGCAAGGUCUGUGCCGAGGGAGCCGGACGGGUGGGAGGGGUGGCCCGCCUGCUCCCCAGCAGCCCCUCCUCUUCAGAGACCUGCCCUGCCCAAGCCCGUCUCCAGCUCCUGGGCUGAUCCUUGGCAGCAGUCAAACGCCCGUUUAAAGCCGGCUGCCCAGCAACACAGUUUGCAAAGCUUUCCUGCAUACACGUUUUACGCUGCUGGCUAACAGAUGGGCCUCCUUCUCCACAUGCCUAGAACAUCAGGCUUUGCCUUGUGCUGAGCCAGGCCCUUCGGCCAUCCAGCUCACUAUGGCCUGCUCUGACUGGCAGCAGCAGCAGCUCCCCAGGGCCUCAGGUGAGGGUCCCCCCCCAAGCUUUCCUCAGGGGUUGCCAGGCAGGGGCUCUUUUAGCCCCUCUUCAAAAUAGGGAGUCCCAGAGGGAUAGAACCAAAUCUCUGAGUAGCUAUUGGCAGAACCUCCAUGUUCAGGAGCAGCCUGCCUCUGAAUGGCCAGUUGCUCUUGGACAAGACACAGGGCUGUUGUCUUCAAGCCUUGCUGGUGGGCUUUCCAGGACACUCUAUCGGGCCACUGCGGGAAGCAGGACAUUGGCCCAGAUGGACCCACCUUGGUCUGCUCCAGCAGCCAGACUUUUCUGUGAAUGGUCCUGCUGCAUUUGCAGGUCAUCAUGGAGCCUCAGGGCUCCAUAUUGUCUCCGAUGCUGUUUAACAUCUACAUGAAGCCACUGGGAGAGAUCACCAGGAGAUUUGGUGCGCCCAGAUCUAUUUCUCCAUGUCAUCCUCAUCGGGAGAAGGCAUGACCUCCCUAAAUGCCUGCCUGGAGGCGGUGAUGGGAUGGAUGAGGGAUAACAAGCAAUCCAGAUAAGAGGCACAGCGGGGAAAUGCUUGACUAAGAAGCAGAAGGUUACCGGUUCAAAUCCCCGCUGCUAGUACUAUACUGGGCAGCAGCGAUCUAGGAAGAUGCUGAAAGGCAUCAUCUCAGACUGCAUGGGAGACAGCAAUGGUCAACCCCUCCUGUAUUCUGCCAAAGAAAACCACAGGGCUCUGUGGGCGCCAGGGGUCAAAUUUGACAGCACACUUUACCUUUACCUUAUUGUGUGGCGUUUGAAUUCAGGAGAUGAUUUUGGUCUGCCAGUUCUGGAUGGGGUCCCACGGCCCUGGAAAGUACGCAGUCUGGGGGUGCUUCUGGAUCAGAGCUUCUCCCUGGUGUCUCAUGCUGAGGCCACGGCCAGAAGUGCCUCCCAUCAGCCUCGGCUGAUAUGCCAGCUGCGUCCGUUUCUUGAGAUAACCGACCUCAGAACAGUGCUACAUUUGCUGGUGAUCUCCAGACUGAGAUCUCCAGACUGAACUUCGGCAUUGCGCUCUGUGUGGGGCUGUGCUUGUGUGUAGUCUGGAAACUGCAGUUGGUCCAGAAGGCAGCAGCCAGGCUGGUCUCUGGGUUAUCUCUAGGGUUGUGCAAACAGGUUUGAGGUUGUUUUUUUUUACUUGCCUCCUUUGGGGGAGUUGUUGGAGGUGGCGGGGUGUGUGUGUCUGUGGAGGUUCCCCCUUCCCCGGCUGAGUUCCCUUUAUGUUGCCACCGGCCGUUCAGCCUUCCCCCUCCGGCGCGGUGGCCAUUUUGGAGGCCUGUGCAAUUGGGAGAGAGACCAUAUGACUCCUAUAUUGAAAGAGGUACACGGGCUGCAGAUAACAUUUCAGGGCAAAAUACAAAGUGCUGGUUAGAACCGAUAAAACCCCAAACAGCUUAGUCCUGGGUAUUUAGGAGAACGUCUUCUUCACCAUGAGCCCCAUCGCCCAACAAGCUCAUCUGGAGAAAUAUGUCUACGUUUGCCACUGGCUCGUUGGGCGUCUUCUUGGGGACGGGCUUUCUCUGUUGCUGCCCCUGGACUUUGGAAUGCGCUUCCUGCUGGGAAAUAAGAGCCUCCCCAUCGCUGGCAACUUCAAAAAAGGCUCUGAAGACACAUUUGUUCAGCCAGGCUUUUAAUUAGACUUAUAAUUGUAUUAGUGUUUAAUGUUGGGUUUUAAAUGAUUUUAAUGUUAA